AAAGGAACCCCCCGAGCGAGUCCCAGCGGCAGCGGAGCGGUCGCGGGCACUUAGGGCAGGCGGCAUCGCCCGGAGCCGGGCUGCGCGCGGGGCCUCGCAGUCCCUUCCUGCGGGGCGGGGAGGGGGCGGGAAGCCGCGGGGCGCAGAUCGCGGCCACCGGGAGGCUGCGCCAGCCUCGGAGGAUGCCCAGGAGCCCGCGGGAGCCUCUACCGAGCAGAACUUUUUAGGCUUCCCGCCCCCGAUCCGCGCACUCCCGGGGCUGCGCACCAGUCGGUGGGGGCUCCACCACGCGGGCCCCCCCCUCCCGUCCUCUCCCCCAGCUCGGGCGGACGCAGGGAGGGAAGGCGAGGCGCGGCGGAUCAUGCCCAUGGUGUAGCCGCCCAGCGGAGGCAUGGCUGCCGGAAGGUUACUGCUCUACACGGGCCUCUCGCUAGCGCUCUGCGCCCUCGGCAUGCUGGCUGUGGCCAUCUGCUCCGACCACUGGUACGAGACGGACGCCAGGAAGCACAGGGACAGGUGCAAGGCCUUCAACACUCGCCGGGUGGACCCGGGCUUCAUUUACAACAACAAUAACAACUUGCCUCUCCGGGCCAGCCGCUCACGCCUGGACCGCUGGGAGGGCAAACUCCUCCGGGCCCGGAAUCGCCGGCAGCUCUUCGCCAUGAGCCCCGCGGACGAGUGCAGCCGGCAGUACAACUCCACCAACAUGGGCCUCUGGAGGAAGUGUCACCGGCAAGGCUUCGACCCCGAGAUCGCAGCCCUCAUCCGGAAAGGAGAACUUGAGCGAUGUACAUACAUCAAGUACCACUACUCCUCAGCAACCAUCCCCAGGAACCUCACGUUCAACAUCACCAAGACCAUCCGUCAGGAUGAGUGGCAUGCCCUGCACUUGCGCAGAAUGACGGCCGGCUUCAUGGGCAUGGCGGUGGCCAUCAUCCUCUUCGGCUGGAUCAUCGGAGUGCUGGGCUGCUGCUGGGACCGAGGCCUUAUGCAGUAUGUGGCAGGGCUUCUCUUCCUCAUGGGAGGAACCUUCUGCAUUAUUUCACUGUGCACCUGUGUGGCUGGGAUCAACUUUGAGCUGUCACGCUACCCUCGCUACCUGUAUGGACUCCCAGAUGACAUCAGUCAUGGCUAUGGAUGGUCCAUGUUCUGUGCAUGGGGGGGCCUGGGCCUCACGCUCAUCUCGGGAUUCUUCUGUACCUUGGCCCCCUCUGUCCAACCUGUCCCGAGGACCAACUGCCCUAAAUCCAGACCCGAGAAUGGGACAGUGUGCUAAAAUAAACACAAAA